UUUUGGUUCGUUUAGUAUAUUUUAAUGCUAAUACUUUUCUACUCUUACUUGAGUACCAUUUCGAAUGCAGGACUUUUACUUGUAACAGAGUAUUUCUACACUCGGGUACUUCUACUUUUAAUUUAAAAGUAGAAUUCUAAGUAGUGUUUCCCCCGCUGUUCAUGAGAGUUUGUUUUGGCACACACCUGUUUGGAUAUCAAUUUGCGCGUCUGCGAAGUCUCCCUCCAUCUGCUCUAGAUCCAUCUUCUUCUGAGUUCGUUCAUGCUAACUCUAGAAUAAACCAGCCGAGCCUCUCUUCCUCUGCAGAAUACUGUCACAGGCAGCAGAAAGGCUUCUCUGAAGGUAAAUGUUUGCUGCUCAUGAAGAAGUCCCCGCUGGACGAUCACCCACGAGGAUGUUUAGCUAGUAGCUAGUGGCUUUAGCUGCACCCAGCAUGCACCUGUCACCGGCAGAGGUGGAAGAAGUACCCUGAUUAUGUACCUUAGUCGAAGUCCAGAAUUCCAAAUUGUACUUAAGUUAGGAGGGAACGUAUUUGAACCAAAAAAUAUUUAAAGUACCAAAAGUAAAAGUACUCAUUGUGCAGAAUGGCCACUUUAAGUACCAGAUAGGCCUACUAUUACAUUAUUUGAUGAUUGUUGCAUUACCUUUCAUUCAUAAUGUAUUGUGUGUCGAUUUAGCAUCUCAGUUAUCAGCUAAUAGUAGCCUACAGUAUAGGCCUAUCUAAAAUUACAUAUGAGAUACAAACUGAACUGUAUGAGCAGCACUAAGGUCACACUGAGUGAUUGUUGUUUUCUUGAAAGAAUGUAAAGUAAAGGAAAACAAUAAGCAAUGAAGUGAAUACAAAAACAUCUGUAUUGGAUUAAAAAAAAACACCUCAUUCAAAAAUAAUUAUUUAGAAAGGUUUAAAAUCUCAUACAGACUGAAAAUCAAAUAUAUAUAAUCACCCAUAACAUGCUGAUUUAUAAUAAAUUGAUUUUUAGAUGUUUACAACAUCCCAUACUUUUUUCACAACUAAGUUCAAAAUGAACCUACACCUAUAAACAUUCCUAGGGAAAAGCCAAUAAAGUAAAUGCAGAUAAAGACUAUAAAUUGCAAUACAACACACCUUCACAUGUGCCUUAAAUAGUAAGAAUGUAUUUAAUCAUUGCAUUUAAGACAGUUUAUCUUAAAGAAAAAACUGUGCUCUAUCCUCCUCCAGUGUAACAUCACGAUGAAGGGGAAAAGCUCUUAAACAGACGGACCCUCAGUUUUAGGAAUGUGCUUGUGUCUAAACUCAGCCCCUUAAAUCAGUCGGUCCUCACGAACAGAACUCAGAUCCAAAGUGAUGUUCCUUUGAUGAACUCCUGCAUAUGACCAAAAUAGGAAACUAUUUAGAAAGAAAUGCCUGUUAUAGAAGAGGGGUUGUUGGUAUCUAUUUGAACCCUUAUCAUUUUUACCUUUAAGGCUUAACCUUUUGAGUUUCCUGCCUAAACAUAAUUUUCAAUGACCACACAUUGAAGAAAACCGAGUAGAUGUUGCUGAUUUAUAAUUGGACUUAAGGAUGCAUAAAUCACGUUUUACUUAAAUUAUAAUGUUUUCUACUUCACUUUAAAUCAUAGUGCCCUUUAAAGACAAGCCACUAAAGAUCAGGUGGUGUUGGCACAAACGUCUUUCGCUUAUAAGUGACCAGUUAAGUGCCCUCCCACAGCGAGGAAAGACAAAGACAGCAAACAGUUCCAUUGCGCACAGCUGCGUAAAAUUAUGCAAUGUUAGCCUGUUUUCUCUAAAGUAGCGUGUUUUCAUGUAUGCGUCAUGCGUAUACUUAUAGACUCGUGUUUAGGUAUGUUUGGUCAGUAGGCGACAUGGGAGAGCUGUGUGUGGUGCUGAGGAGGCAGGAGAUGACUGCUGCCCCCCUCACUUCUCCACUGAGCCCUCAGGAGAGUGGAGUGAGGACUGCAUGGGGACUGCUGCGUACUGAUCGCUUCUUUCUGACAAAACAUCUCAGCAGUGAUUUGGAAAUUAAAUUGCAAAGUUCCACCAUGAAGACUUUGGAUAUGUAGUUCUCAUUUUGUUUAGUAGAGCUCUUUCAUGAGUUGCAGUUACAAGUGAUCUGAAGCCUGCUAUGGAGGAACUCUUGAGUCAAAAUGAGUCUGAGCACUGACAAUGUCACAAACUUGUGGAAAAAGGGUUCUUCGGAACUCGGCUGGACUGCGGGCGCGUCCUCCCCGGUCAACUUUACCAACAGCUCCGGUGGGAACUACACGGAGGUGGACCUCACCCGAGCCAUCCCGCUCGGCAUGAUGCUGGGGGCUUUCAUCGUGUUCGCUAUCGCGGGCAACAUCCUCGUCAUCCUCGCGGUGGUGUGCAACAGGCACCUGCGGACACCGACGAACUACUUCAUCAUCAACCUGGCCAUGGCCGACCUGCUGCUGAGCACCACUGUGCUGCCAGUGUCCGCGACUCUGGAGAUCUUAGACUACUGGGUGUUUGGCCGGAUCUUCUGUGACAUUUGGGCGGCGGUGGACGUGCUGUGCUGCACCGCGUCCAUCAUGAGCCUGUGCGUAAUAUCCAUCGACCGCUUCAUCGGAGUGAGCCAUCCACUGCAGUACCCUGGCAUCGUGACCGAGAAGCGAGCUCUGCUGGCCAUGCUCGGGGUGUGGGUGCUGUCAGUAGUAAUUUCCAUCGGACCUUUGUUGGGCUGGAAGCAGCCGCCAUCGCCAGACGAAACUGUGUGCUCCAUCACCGAGGAGCCGUAUUACGCGCUCUUUUCCUCCCUCGGGUCCUUCUACAUCCCUCUCAUCGUUAUUCUGGUCAUGUACUGCCGCGUGUACAUAGUUGCCAAACGGACCACUAAGAACCUUGAGGCCGGUGUGAUGCGCGAGAGGAUGAACUCCGGUGAGCUGACCCUCAGGAUCCACAAGGGCUCUCAGGUGCAAGAGGAGCCCUGUGGUGCAGGCGCCGGUAAAGGCCGAGCAAAUCAAGCGAGAAGUUCCCUCACGGUGAAACUUCUUAAGUUCUCCCGGGAGAAGAAAGCAGCAAAAACUUUGGGAGUUGUGGUCGGCAUGUUUACGCUUUGUUGGCUGCCCUUCUUCCUCGCCUUACCCAUAGGUGCUUUUAAUAAGAACUUGCGAGCACCUGAAGUGGUCUUCAAAGUGAUCUUUUGGCUGGGCUACUUCAACAGCUGCCUGAACCCCAUCAUAUACCCCUGCUACAACCGCGAGUUCAAGCUGGCCUUUAUCCGCAUCCUUCAAUGCCAGUGUCACCAGCGUAAACGCCCCGGCUGGAAGGCCUACAAUUACCGCUCCUCCAACAUCAGCUCCUCCGGAAACUCUCGCAAAGGAUCAACGGAUCAAAACUCCAGCUGCUUAAACGGCAGCCAGCGUACUCUGCCGUCCUCAGCCAGCCCGAGCCCCAGUUACCUGAGCAAGGGUCUCCCUCCUUGCCCUGAGGGGGAAACGUUAUACAUCUGGGGGGGCUCCACCCCAACUCCCUCCACACCCAACCUGCUGCCCGGCAGCCCCGCAAACUACCAGCUGGGAGAUCUGAGAGGGGAGGUCAGAGGAAGGAAACCAUCUGACGAGACUACUAGGGGUAUCUUCUCUUUCUCCUUUGGUAGAAACAGAGACAAGGGAGGGAUCCACAAGGACGACAUGUUGCCUGAUGACAAGGUGUGACUGCUGCUGAGUGUCGCUGACGUCUGGCUCACUCAUUCCUCACAGGGAUUAAAGUCAAUAACAGUGCAGGAGCGUAGGAUUUCCCAGGUUUGCGCUAUUCACUGUAAAUGAUCAUUCAUCAGUCAAUGGAUUGUUGUUGUCAAUGUGAGGUGAAGGUAACUGAGUAUUGACUAUGCUGCUGUAUCAGAGGUAUUUUGUCCUAUUUAUCUUUUCGCUCAACGGACAGUAAGGGGUUCAAACUGUUAAUCAAAAUCACUGUUCUCCACGCUCUUUGGUACAGGAAAGACACCAGUGCAUUCAUUUGGGAGGAGAACAGGAAAGACAUUUGAAGGAAAAAGGACACAUUUUCAGAGAACCCAACACUGCCUUCCCUGUAAAUAAAAAUUCCUGUCCGCCCUACAAAGACUGACAUAACCUUUCUCAUGUGAAAAGUGUGAUUGACAAUUGAUCACCUUUAUGCUGCAGUCACUUGUUGGUAUGUUGUGAAAAUAAAGUAUAACCUGGUUUAUCUGCUGCACAAUUAUCAGAUAUCAUCUUGUUGUUUUGUUUGUUGUUUGUAAAAGUACUGAAUAUUGUGAUUAGAAAUGUGAUUGUUGAUAUGAAUAAACAUAGAACGUUA